CGUGUUUGACGGUCUUCUUUUGGGUUCUGGAUGAGGUCAGUUCCGGCUCACAUAGUCAGGAGCGCGAGAUAUAAGAAUGGCCAUACCUAUAUCUGUCAUCUCUUCCUCUCUCGGCACUCUGCAGAUUCCCAUCAUUCAAGGACCCAAACCACCAGCCAAAGUAUUCAGCUCACGCAACACAACUUGCCAAUCCCACCACCAUGUACAAGACGAAGCAGACAGCGAGACGCACGUUCCCUCCACUCAAGCCUCCGAACUUCAAAGCACCCGUCCCGCGCGAAAGCAGCUACAGCGACUCUUACUCCCAUGAGUCCUGCCCCACAUCCUCUUGCGACUCUUGCUUUGGAUACAUUUACGACAAUGGCUAUGACUCCAACACUGAGGAGUGGGAUGACGACGACGAGGAGGACGACGAUGAUGACGAGACUCAGUCCUCUGCCUGUCAGUCCCAGGUGACUGACCCGUUCUCCAUGUCUUCCAUGUCUUCUCUCUUCGGCCCUCCUUCUUUUUCUUCUCAGCAACCUCAUGGUUUUGCCCUCGGCGCUCCUUCCGUGCCUCCCUCCUUACCUUCAACCUCCAGGGGAAAGGAACGUGCUCAGCAGUCACGGUGUUCCUGCCAGAAAAUUUCCAAGGGAUAUUGCAACGCCACUUCCGGUGCUCCCAGUGGUAAUAACGGACAGAAUCAAAGCCCAAACAUUACUGAAACUCAACUCUCCAUCUUCAGCAACAACGGACAAUCCGGGACUAAUAGCCAGACCCAAACUACCGACAAUCAGGCUUUGGGACAUUUGUUGGGCGAUGGACGUAGUGCUACCGCCGACGUAAAGGACAAGAAUGGCAACGGUACCGGCAACGGCAACGGCAUGAUCAAGAACUUGAAUGUGUAUAAUCCGAACAUUACCAUUCAAGUGACGCCGGAGAACUUUAACAGGUUCAGCAAGUUCUUUCCUCAGAAGUCAGGCAAUGCCGGCAAUGGGAAAUAAGGGAGCACACACGUAAUCGCGUGAAGACUAGGAUAUCAGCCAGCGUGCUUGAUCGUUUGGUCACAGAUGAGGCUUUUCAGCGGGUAUUUGGUGCAAGUUGAUGUGAUUUGGA